UUGGGAUAUUUUAACGGUGCAAUAAUAGCGGUGUGUAUGUAUAUUUUUAGGUAGAGGUGUGUUAGGAGAGAAUGUCUGCCGCCAGCUGACUGCAUGGUCGGGCAGAGGGAAGGUGUUGUGCUCCGCUCUCCCACACAAACUUUGCUCUAGAAUAUCGCAAAUGGUACAUUUUUUUCAGGUACAUUAAAAAAAAAAUGAGUGAUAAAGGUUUUUGGACAUCAGAAAAUUUAAGAAAACUAAAUGACCAUUUUAAUGAACACAGUUACGUUGAAGGCUAUCAGCCAACCGUAAGUGAUACAGUUGUAUGCCAUUCACUACAGUCGGUUACAGAGAACUUGCCACAGUAUGAACAUAUAAGUAGGUGGUUUAGGCAUAUACAAAGUUUUAAAAUGGAAGAAUUAUGUGGAAAACACAAAACUGUGGAUAAUGUAUUAACUACACUGGGGCCUUCUGCUAAAAAGCUGAAGAUGACUCCAGAAGAGAGGUUCGCACUCAUCACUCGGAGGUUAGAUGAAGUGAUUGGGGAGGACCGCAUCAUGGCUAUCUUGAAGGAAAGGCCCUUGAAAAUUUAUUGGGGCACCGCGACUACAGGAAGGCCACAUGUUGCAUACUUUGUACCAAUGACUAAAAUUGCAGACUUUCUUAGUGCCGGAUGUGAAGUUACUAUUCUUUUGGCUGACCUUCAUGCCUAUUUGGACAACAUGAAAGCUCCUUGGGAGUUGAUAAAGUUCAGAACACAGUAUUAUGAGGCUGCCAUAAAGGCAAUGCUUUCUGCUAUCGGAGUAUCCACCGAGAAGCUCAAAUUUGUGCAGGGCACAAGUUACCAGCUAGGAGCAAAAUUCACUGAGGAUGUGUACAGGUUAACAGCAAUGGUUACUGAGCAUGAUGCCAAGAAGGCUGGAGCAGAAGUUGUUAAACAGAUAGAGGCCCCUUUUCAGUCUGGUCUUCUGUACCCUGGUCUUCAAGCACUUGAUGAGGAAUAUCUUGGAGUAGAUGCUCAGUUUGGUGGAGUUGACCAAAGGAAAAUAUUUACUUAUGCUGAAAAAUACUUGCCCAAACUUGGUUAUCAAAAAAGGUCACACUUGAUGAAUCCAAUGGUUCCUGGUUUAAGUGGAGGAAAAAUGUCUUCUUCGGAAAUUGAUUCCAAAAUAGAUCUUCUUGACUCCGCACAGGUACUAGAGGAUAAACUAAAUGGAGCUUCGUGUGAUCCAUCUUCACCUGAUAAUGGUGUCAUGGCUUUUGUGAAUUAUGUAGUGUUUCCAAUUUUGGAGGGCCAAGGUAAAUCAUUUGAGCUAAGCAGUGGGAAAAAGUUUUCUUCCUUUGAACAACUGAAGGCAGACUUUGUGGAUGGAAAAGUAGAUGGAGAAAAUAUAAAAAUGUAUGUCAUUACAUUUUUAAAUUUGCUUUUGGAUCAUAUUCGGAAGGAAUUCGAGACACCAGAACUGAAGAAGCUUGUUAAGUUGGCAUAUCCACAUUCCAAAAUGGAGAUUCCUUUAACCAAUGCAGUCAGUACUGCCAAGAAAGAAGAGCUAACAGUAGAAGGGAUUUGUCUUGAUGAUCGGUUGAAUUUUAUGAGCAAACAUUUAGCACAUGAACCACCACCUGCCCUGAGUGCUGCUUUGAGGCAUUCUUUACAUGUGUUGUGGACAGUACCGAUAGUAAGACGGCCAGACAUUGGUGUUCUUGGACUUGUCGCGAAAAUAAGGGAUUUCUUGGCUGCUGGAUGUCAUGUUACUGUUUUGGCCAGUGAUAUUCUUUCCUAUUUAGAUGGUUGUCAAGUACCCUGGGAGGUUGCUUCACAUAGAGCUAACUUUUAUUUAGAGCUGAUUAAAACAGUUAUGACUACAAAUAACAUUCCCCUUCAAAAUGUAAAAUUUGUAAAAGGGAGCGACUUUCAGAAAAAGGAAGAAUAUAUGCUUGAUUUAUAUAGAAUGACUGCUCUUGUUACAUGUAAAGACUCGAAUGAUGCUGUUUCAACCAUUUUGAAGGAUCCAAAUCUCCUUUCUGCUCUUCUUUACCCAGACAUGAUGGCUUUGGAUGAGAAACAUUUACACGCCAAUAUCCAUUUUUGUGGUUCAAAGAAUGCACCAUUAUUUGAAUUCAUCAAGACAAGCUUACCUUUAGUAGGUGGAGAACCAUGUAUUCAUUUGGCUGGAUUAGAGUUACCCUCUCUCUUAAACAGAGCUGCUCUCAGUCCAGAAGAGGAGUACAUUGACCUCAUUGAGCAGGAAUCACAAAUGAAAAAAAAAAUCAAAUCUGCGUUCUGUGAAGAAGGCAAUAUCAGCUUUAAUCCUGUUUUGUCAGUGAUAAAGGCAGUAAUUAUGCCUGUACUGGGCGAAGAAAAAUUUAAAAUUAUGCGGUCAGAAGAAAAUGGUGGUGAUAUGGAGUUUGAAUCCUUUGAAGCCUUGGAGAAAACUUUUAGCCAAAAAAGUUUACAUCCAGGCGACCUUAAAAACUGUGUUUUAGAGUAUCUGAAGAGACUCAUCAAUCCUAUACGCAAAGCAGCAGAAACAUCUAGCAUGAAAAAAUUGCAAAAUCAAGCUUAUCCAUCUCCUCCUAAGAAAACAAAAGGCCCUCAAAAACCAGCAGGUGGUAGCGAGGAAUUUGUGCCAUCCAAGUUCAAUAUGCGUGUUGGAAAGAUAAUUGAAGUUUCAAGACAUCCAGAUGCAGAGUCCCUUUAUGUAGAGAAAAUUGAUAUUGGUGAGGAGGAACCACGAACAAUUGUUAGUGGUCUUGUAAAGUACGUCCCAAUUGAAGAUAUGCAUGAUAGAAUGGUUGUAGUGUUGGCAAACCUGAAGCCAGCAACCAUGCGGGGGAUCAGAUCUGCUGGUAUGGUUUUGUGUGCCUCGGUUAGUGAGCCGGCUGCAGUUGAACCUCUCCAGCCAAGCCCUGGCAGCAAACCAGGUGACCGUGUAAUUGCAGAGGGUUACGAUGGUGAACCAGAUCUUGUCUUGAACACAAAAAAGAGUGAUGCUCUGUCAAAGAUGUUAGAGGGCUUCAAAACGAAUUCAUCUUUAAUAGCAACAUGGAAUGGGGAUAUUUUGAGCACCAGCAGUGGUCCUGUAACUGUUCCAAGCCUUAAAGAUGCUCCUAUCAAAUGAUUGUAACAAGCUCAACCAUUUUUUAGCAAUUUCCUUUCCUAAGUGGGUUGGCUUCUCAGACUCUUCCACAUAUUUUAAGAAAAAAUUAUACUUGAAAUGUUGGUUGUAGUUCCUUGUUAUGACUUGUUCAGUGCCAGGUAUAUUUUGUACUACAGUAUGUCAAAAUGUGUUGGACUCUGGAUCAUGUCACCUCUUACCUCAGUCAGGGCAUGUGCACUUUGCCAAGGGUAAGAAAUCCCUUGUUGAUUUUGAUACAGUACUUAAAAAAAUAGUAUUAUUAAUUUUUUAGGGUUUAUGAGUAGAUACAUUAUAUUUGUCAUCAGUUUGACACAAUGGAUGAUAUACAUCAUCCAUAUUUAACCUGACUCGGUCAGUCAGGUUAAACACUGUUGGGUCGAACCAGGAAUUAUUGGUGGUAACGUGGGCAGUGUCUUUGUAGUACUAAAGGGACCUCGAUAAUCCUAAUGGUUCCUGUCCCCAACGGUGGUGUUCCAAUUAGUAAUUGGUCUCGACUUGCAAGUAGGGAUCACAAAUUCAGUUCCUUGCUGGGAUAGAAAUUGUUGAGCACAUAUUUCUUUCACAUAAUGCCUCUGUUCACCUAGCAGUAAAUGGUUACCUGGGAGUUAGGCAACUGUUGUGGGGUUGCAUCCUUUGUAAGGGCGAGUAGUUUGAACUUGCGGCGGGAGGUCCUUGAUAUUAGCCUGUGUAUAUACACAGGCUUCCUGUCCCUGACAAAAUUAAUUAAAUUUAAAUGAAAUUGUUAAACCCUAUAUAUAUAUCUAGAGAUUAUACAGUAAUUAUGUGGAUUCAAAGUCGUGACUGGUAAUUUACAAUUUAUCUAAAUCUUCCGUUUCGUUGACUUUCUUAUUUUCACUGUUAAGCCUUUAAUAUACGUGCUAAUCUUACAGGAUUUGUGUGUUGUAUUGUAAUUUCUUUUUGGUGUACCAAAGUUACCCAUUUUUAUGACGCUUGUCACUAGUAGUGAGAUUUUCCACCACCUUCAUUUUUAUGUUGUAUAAUGUAGUUUUUUAAUAUAGAGAAUUGAUAUUAAA